CUUGGGGUGGACCAAUGCAGAAGAGCGAACGGACUCCACUUCUGCGGCAUUCACGGCUAUAUUUCCCAUUCACGUCCUCAACUUUUGCGUUUUUUUCUCAGCACCAAUUCCAGUUGAGAUGAGGAGGUAAUCAACAGAGGAAGCUCUGCUCGCGAAGUUUUGAAAUUGUUUGGAAGAGUUCGGGAGAGAGAAGAUGCUGAGAUUAGAGGUCAUCGGGUUGUGUCUUCUGUUAGGAGCUUUGACUCAUAGCCAAGCACCACCGUGCUUGGUUAUGAGUCAAGGCUUGCCACAGCCAGAAAAGGAUUGCCCCAUAAAUGUCUACUUCACCAUAGACACAUCUGAGACUAUUGCCCUGCAGGAGCCACCUCCUGGAUCGCUGGUCAACAGCAUCAAGACAUUCACCGUGGAGUUUGCGAACCGCCUAGAAGACGCUGAAUUGAAGGAUGGUGUGAAGAUUAACUGGAACAUUGGCGGGUUGCAUUUUUCCCAGACGAAGGAGGUGUUCAGCCAGAUCGGUCCCAAGGCCAAGUUUAUUCAAGGGGUCCGAAACAUCCGGUACCUGGGUAAGGGCACCUACAUCGACUGUGCCCUCUCCAACAUGACCCACGAGAUGAAGCAGAUACCCUCAGAAACCAGGGGGCUCCGCUUUGCUGUGGUUAUCACCGACGGCCACGUUACUGGAAACAUUUGUGGGGGCAUCAAGGUGACAGCGGAGAGAGCACGGGAUGAGGGCAUCCGCAUCUUUGUCGUGGCGGCAUCCAAGAACGUUGAUGAGAUUGGCUUGAAGGAGAUCGCCAAUUCUCCAUCAACAGUCUACAGGAGUGACUUCAUGGCUGUGGAUCUGAGCCAAGGCAGAGCAGAAAUACAGUAUGACACGAUUGACCGCAUCAUCAAAACAAUGAAACACUUGUCCUAUGUAGAGUGUCAUAGUGUGUCCUGUCUAGAGACAGAAGGGCCCCGUGGCCCAAAAGGCUAUAGAGGGCAAAAAGGAGUUAAAGGCGACAACGGUGGUGCGGGUGAGAAGGGAGACAAAGGUCGCCCAGGAGACCCUGGUAUCGAGGGGCCCAUUGGUCUGCCUGGUAACAAAGGUGAACCAGGUCUUAAAGGUGAUAAGGGAGAGCUGGGAGGUCAGGGGAAGAAGGGUGUGGCCGGGGUCCCAGGGCGUAAUGGGACUGAUGGACAGAAGGGUAAAAUUGGACGAAUUGGCGCACCUGGCUGCAAAGGAGACCCAGGAGACAGAGGUCCCGAUGGAUACCCUGGAGAAGUCGGUGAACGUGGUACUCCUGGAAGUGACGGAGAGAAGGGAGACCCAGGACGCCCUGGAAGAACGGGUCCCCCUGGCCCAUCAGGAGAUGCUGGACCAAAAGGAGAGAGGGGAAGUCCUGGAUUACCUGGUCUUCCUGGACAGAAGGGAAACCCAGGAACUGCAGGAGGUCCAGGACAAAGAGGAGAGCCGGGGAGACGAGGAGACUAUGGGCCAAAGGGCGCUCAAGGGCCUGAUGGAAGUAAAGGAGAAAAGGGUGAAAUGGGGCCAGAAGGACAAAGAGGAUUUUCAGGUGAAACAGGAAACGAUGGAGCAAAGGGAGACAGUGGCCUGCCAGGACCCAGGGGGCCACCAGGAUCCCCAGGAGAAUCGGGGAGAAAUGGGACCAGAGGUGACCCUGGUGAAGCUGGACCAAGAGGAGAGCCUGGGCAGCCUGGGCCAAAGGGAGACCGUGGGAGACCUGGCUUCAGUUAUCCUGGACCGAGAGGACCAUCGGGUGACAGAGGAGAAAAGGGUAAUCGUGGAGGUCGUGGGAGCAGGGGAGACUGUGGCCAAAAGGGCGAGCCUGGAGGCAAAGGAGGCCCAGGAGAACCAGGUGAGCCAGGGCCUCCAGGUGAGCCGGGGGCGAGAGGACCUAGAGGAGAGUCUGGACGUGAUGGAGAUCCGGGCCCUGGGGGAGAUCCUGGCCUCACUGAAUGUGAUGUCAUGAACUACAUCAGGGAGACGUGUGGCUGCUGUGACUGUGAGAAACGCUGCGGAGCUGUGGACAUUGUGUUUGUGAUCGACAGUUCAGAGUCUGUGGGUCUUACCAAUUUCACCCUGGAGAAGAACUUCGUCAUUAACACCAUGAACAGACUGGGAUCGCUAGCUAAGGACCCCAAGUCGGAGACAGGCACAAGGGUGGGAGUUGUCCAGUACAGUCACAGUGGAACCUUCCAGGCCAUUCGGCUUGAUGACCCCAAGAUAGAUUCACUGUCUUCUUUCAAGGAUGCAGUGAAACGUUUGGAGUGGAUUGCUGGAGGCACGUGGACUCCGUCUGCCCUGAAGUAUGCCUACGACAACCUAAUACGGGACAGCCGCAGAGCCAAAGCCAACGUCACAGUAGUGGUCAUCACCGAUGGACGCUUCGACCCCAGAGACGACGACUCGCUGCUCACCUACCUCUGCAGUCACGCUGGUGUUGACGUGAGCGCCAUUGGCAUCGGAGACAUGUUUGACAAGAUUGAGGACAAUGAGAGUCUGAAGAGCAUCGCCUGCCAGAAGGACGGACGGGUGAUGGGGAUGAGGCGCUUCGCAGAUUUGGUCGCAGAGGAAUUUAUUGACAAAAUUGAGACCGUUCUGUGCCCAGAUCCUGUCAUCAUAUGCCCUGAGCUUCCUUGUAAAUCAGAGCCUGCUGUAGCUAGCUGCAUUCAGCGGCCCGUGGACAUAGUGUUCCUCUUGGAUGGUUCUGAGAGGAUGGGGCUGGAGAACCACCGCAGGGCCAAGGAGUUCAUUGAGAAUGUGGCUCGAGGCCUCACCCUGGCCAACGGCCCGUCGGAUGAGAGGAAUGCCCGUUUGGCUCUGGUGCAAUUUGGUGGCGCAACAGAACAGAGGGUGGAGUUCGCUCUCACACACAAUCUCACAGUGAUCUCAGAUUCACUGGCAAAUGUGGUCUACAUGGACUCUUCCUCUAACCUGGGCAGCGCUAUCAUCCACACUGUCAACAAUGUGUUUUCCCAGCCAGGAAACCGGCUGAAUCGUCGCAACGCUGAGGUGUCCUUUGUGUUCAUCACUGAUGGCAUCACAGCCCGUGAGCAGCUGGAUGAGGGCAUAACUGCCAUGAGACGAGCUGAAGGCGUUCCCACGGUGAUCGCCAUAGGAGGUGACACCGAUGAGGAGGUGCUGCAGAAGGUGGCACUAGGGGACAGGUCGGCCAUCUUUAGAGGAAGCGACUACACGGUGCUCAACAAAUCCUCGUUCUUUGAUCGCUUCAUCCGCUGGAUAUGCUAAUGAGGAAGCUAGCAGCCACAGAAUUGGAAUCUUUAAAACAAACGAAGGCCCUUCCUUCAUUGUACACACAUAGAAGUACCAGAAACACCUCUGUGAUCAUUAUUGUUAUGAGUGACAGAUGUGAGCACUGAGACAGCUGCAUAUCGUGUCAGUACGAAUGAAGAUUUGUCCAAAUUGCUAAAACAAUCCAUGUAUGGCCAGAACAUACUGAAAGACCCACUAUGUUAUUUGUAACUUGAUCAUUUUAUUUGUUCUAUAUGUAGAUCAAUGGCCACCACAAACACAUGUAAUGAAGAGGAAGUCUGCUUGAUGUGUUCGAAACCCAUUGUGGCUUUAUUUUGUGUUUUUGCUGUGAUUCUCUCUGUCUCUCUUCACAAAGUCACAUGUUUUACAUUAAAGGUGCUAAAACAGCAAGAAGGACCAAAACCAUCUGACUGGUACUGAAAGCCUUAUUACAUCAUGUUUUGCUGUAAUUACUGCUUGUUCAGGGUAUUAAAACAUGUAAAUGUGUUCUCCAGUAAAACAAAAUCAUACACAGGUCUUCUGCAUUCAAUCAAAUUACACACACACAAACCAUAUCUGUAAGCGUGAUGGUUAAAUAAAGUGUAAGGUGGUGACCCUAAAA